AUGUCUGCCCGAUACCAGCAGCCGACAGUCAGCGAUGCUGAUGCGGACGGCAACGACGGUGGACCACCUCCUGGUGAUCCACCGCAUGUCACUCCCCCGCCGCCUCCAGAGGACCCCUCGCACAUCAACCUCGUCAUCCGCCACAACACUUACGGAGAUGUCUCCUUCAAGCUGAAGAAAACCACCAAACUCGGCAAAGCCAUGUACGUACUUGAAUAGUCUUGCUCUGCUCGAAAGAGAGCUGAUAUCUGAGUUCAAUAGGGAGGUAUACAGUACCCGCCAGCAGCGCGACAUGAAGACCAUGCGCUUCUUGUUUGAGGGAGUCCGCGUCAAUGCCGAUGAUACGCCCGCGUCGGUGGGUCUAAAACAUCAUUUUUACACCUUGCAACGUGCUAACAGGAUUCCCAGCUUCACUUGGAGGAUCAAGACAUCAUCGAAGUUCAUGAGGAGCAGAUCGGUGGUGGAGUGAGCCUGGUAUAA